AAGUCUAAACCAUAUGCACAAAGUGUUCGGAGAAACAGUGCUGGUUUUCCUCUUCUCUUUUUUAGAGACGAUAAAAUAUAGAGACGAUAAAAUAAAGGGACUGCGUAAUUUAGAAUUUAGAGACAACGGAAGGAUUUAGGAAAUACCCUCGUCACUUUCGCUUCGUGCUCUUGGUGUUGUUGUUUUUUAGGUAGUCUAACUUGCCUACUCAGUGGAUAUGCAUCGUUCCCAUCUGUAGCACUCUAUGGUGCCCUUAACUGCGCCUCGAGUUUAUGGACCCCCGCUCAAUGAUGACUAUGAGUUCAUUGUCGGAAAGUCUGGUUGCUUCUGAUCCCUCCAAAUCGGCAUUUCUGGAGUUCGGACACGGCUAUCCCGGCCACCAGCAGCACUCCCCCAGCUUGUCCCACAACCACUAUCCAGUGCACGGCUUGCAUCCCGUCGGACCCUCGCAGCACGAUAGCCCCUUUUCUUCCAGCGCGUCAUCCUAUGGCCGCCCGCUAGCCUACCCUUACCACAGCACGGUAAGCGCACAGCACCCAAGUGCCUACCUGCCAUACCAGCACAGUAGCCACAACAACGGUCUGGGACACACGAGAAUAGAGGAAACAGAGCUUGAGAAGCCAACCACGGUGAUCGAGAAUGGAGAAAUUCGACUGAACGGAAAAGGGAAGAAGAUCCGAAAACCUCGGACAAUCUACUCAAGCUUACAACUGCAGGCGCUCAACCAGAGAUUCCAGCAAACCCAAUACCUCGCGCUACCUGAGCGGGCCGAUUUGGCAGCAAAAUUGGGACUAACUCAAACGCAGGUUAAGAUAUGGUUCCAGAACAAACGCUCCAAGUACAAGAAGAUCAUGAAGCAUGGCCCGGGCGGACCGGAGGGAGAGCACCUGCACCCUGGGUCAUCCGGGUCUCCGUGUUCCCCGGGGAUGCCUCCACUUUGGGACGUUUCCAUGGCAAAUAAGGGGACGCCUGCGCACUCUGGUGGAUACAUGAACAAUUUCGGACACUGGUACCCAAGCCACCACCAGGAAUCUAUGCCGAGAACUCAAAUGAUGUGACGGGAUGUGGGACAAUGGGAUGGAAUUCUAUCCGCUCUCCUCAACUGACUUUACUCAAUUUCAACAUUUAAAUUCGUGUUUCUCCUCCUCUUGUACAUGAACCGCGUAGCCUAUCCACUUUUAAAUAUAGCUCCAAGCUCCAACUAUCACAUUAGAGACUUUUCAUUUUUUAAACGGCCGUUUAAAGGUAUUUGUUUGAAUUUCAUCCGAAGUUUUGCCUUACAAUUUCUUGGACAUUAAGAAAUGACUGCACGGAUUUUGCUUGGAGGCCUAUGUGGAUCUGGAUUUUGUAUGCAGUUCAGUUUAAAAUAAAUUCUCAAUAAUA